AUGAAUUCUGAUAUCGACUUUGACGACGAUGGUCCGCCGAUGCUGGUUGCUGCUGACCAGCCAGACGAUACCGAGAACCUCUCUGCUGAAGUUGAUGACAUGAGCUUGACCAGAGUUCCCAUCACAAUCAUCACAGGUUAUCUGGGUGCUGGUAAAACCACUCUCAUGAACUACAUCUUGAACGAACGUCAUGGAAAGAAGAUUGCUGUCAUUCUGAACGAAUUCGGUGAUUCUGCAGACAUCGAAAAGAGCUUGACUGUCAGCCAAGAAGGUCAACAAGUCGAAGAGUGGCUCGAAUUGGCCAAUGGCUGUCUAUGCUGCUCUGUCAAGGACUCUGGUGUGGCCGCCAUUGAAUCCCUCAUGGAGAAACGCGGAGCUUUUGACUACAUCUUACUGGAGACAACAGGUCUGGCUGAUCCUGGAAACUUAGCUCCUCUCUUCUGGGUUGACGAUGGUCUGGGUAGCACCAUCUACCUCGACGGCAUCGUCACACUGGUAGAUGCGAAAAACAUUAUUCGCUGCUUGUCUGAACCAACUCCGGACGAGACCCAAAUGGAUGGUACAGAGCAUGCUCACGGCCCUCACCUUAGCACUGCGCAUCUACAAAUUUCGCACGCAGAUGUCAUUGUCAUCAACAAAGCAGAUCUGGUCUCCGAAGCUGAGCUCGACCAAGUCAAGGCCAGAAUCUCUUCCAUCAAUGCCCUAGCAAAGAUCAAUGUCACAGAACACAGCAAGGUUCCAGCUCUAGAAGGUGUUUUGCUGGACCUUCACGCUUAUGACAAGGUAGAUGCCGACAGUAUUGAUUUUGCCAGCAAAGGUCACAGCCAUCUAGACCCCGCCAUUUCGACAACAACACUAACAUUACCGCCUUUAUCGUCAGCUCAGUUGGAGAAGCUGGAUACAUUUUUGCGAAAUAUUCUAUGGACACGCUUCUUCAUCUCACACCCGGAAGCCGAGGGUGUGUCUGUCGAGUCUGCAGGCUCAAGACCUGAGAUUCACCGUACAAAGGGACGUCUUGUGAUGCAAGAAGGUGGAGUCAAGCUUCUGCAGGGCGUACGAGAGGUUUUCGAGUUCAUAGAUGCUGCAGAUGUCAGUACAUCUGGCACUAGCGGAUCUGCUGAUAGAGGCAACAGCAAGAUUGUCUUUAUCGGUCGCAAUUUGGUCCCUGCAGCCUUGCAGAAGAGUCUUGAGGAUGCUGUCUUGAACUAG